CGCUGUCCGCCCGCGGAAGCCGCGAGCGCUGCGCCCCGGGGCCGGCUGCGCUCACCUCGCCCGGUGACGGCAGCGAGCGGCGUACGGAGAGAGGCCCUGGCAGCCCAUGAGCUGGGCACAGGCACAGCCCCCGAGAUGCUCCGGCCGGCCUUCUGAGGCGUUCUAGAAUUGCAGCUGGAGUGUGCAGGGAUUUACCAGGGUUUGGAGAUGAGCUAACCAUGUCUUUAAAUUCAUCUACACUUUUAAAUGAAGAAAACACACGAGAAGCAAAAAGAAAUACUGAGUGUUUGGAAAGCCUACUGCAGACUCCAUCAUCAGUUCAAAAUAAUCCACUUCAACAACUACAGUUAGCAUCCCAGGAAGUACUGGAAAAGGCAAAAAAGAGUGGGAGAUCAAAAUGCCCCCGAUGCAAUAGUUCAAGGAUGUUUUAUUGUUAUACAUGCUUUGUUCCUGUUGAAACUGUCCCCAUCAAAGAAAUUCCAACUGUGAAGUUACCUCUGAAGAUUGACAUUAUUAAACACCCAAACGAAACCGACGGCAAAAGCACUGCUGUGCAUGCUAAGCUCCUGGCACCUGAUGAUGUUACAAUCUAUAAAUACCCUUGCAUUCCAGAAUAUGACAAGAAGAGACACGAAAUAGCACUUAUAUUUCCUGGCCCCAAUUCAGUUUCAGUAAAAGAUAUUGCUUUUCAUCUCCAAAAGUACACCAAGAAAGGUGUCUGUUCUAGUGAUGAUGACUGUUCCAGAGAGCCACUUCUUAAACAAGCAAAAAUAGAACCUGAAGAAGAAAAAAUUCCAAAUGAGUGCAUCUCAAGCAGCAGGAGUGAAGGCACUAGACUGAAGAAAAUAAUAUUUAUUGAUAGUACCUGGAAUCAAACUAACAAGAUAAUAACUGAUGAACGACUUCAAGGGUUACUGCAAAUUGAGUUGAAGACAAGGAAAACUUGCUUUUGGCGUCAUCAGAAGGGAACACCAGAUACAUACCUUUCCACAAUAGAGGCAAUUUAUUAUUUCCUUGUGGACUAUCAUCAGGAGAUUUUGAAAGAGAGCUACAGAGGACAAUAUGAUAAUCUGCUUUUUUUCUUUUCAUUUAUGUAUACAUUGAUUAAAGAUGCAAAGUGUUGUGCAGGAAAAGAGUAAGCUGUCUGUCAGUGUAUGGCACUACUUUUUUUUUGUAAUGAUAAACUGCACAAACAUUACUAGGAUUUUUUUUUUUUUUUUUUUUUUGGAAAUAGAUUGUAUUCUAAAUAAUGUCCAGAAGUGAGCUGCAGACCUCCUCCUGCAUGCUUGAGGUUGUAGAACUGCUCAGAUGAGCAGUCUGAUUAGAGUGACUUAUUUGAAAAUAGUUACAUUUUGCUAAAUAUUGCUGUACUUCAACCUACAGGCCUGAUGUGCUCACUGUGAUGAGCACAUUUCCUGAGAUGGGAGUGGAGGACUUGACCCCUCUUGCUGUAAGGAGUGAUCUCUUUUAAGUGUAAGAAUAAAUUAGCAUGCUGGCUUUUCAUUGUUACUAAUACUUAUGUCAGAUGUUUUCUUUGUGGUUUACACAGCAAUACUGAUUUUGCCUUUAUGGCAUCAAAGGCUUACUGAAAUGAGCAGAUGCUAUUUAGUUGCUGGGGAGAGUAGCAGCAAUACAGAAUGAAAGAGCACAUUAAUUGAAUGUGAAUUAUAUACUUUCAAGAUUAAAUAUGGAAAAUUCUUCAGUAAUAAAAAAGUGGUCUCUUUAAACACUGUUAUACAAUGUAUGAUUUCUGUAGUACCGUUCAUGUACUCUUAUAUUAGGAUUAUUCUCAACUUUCUGGGUAAUUUUAGACUUCUUCAAACAAAUUUAGUUAAGUGUUCAUUACUGUUAUAUAUUAUCAUUAUUUGGGGGAGCACUAACCUAACAAAUGUCACUAUGGCAUAUUGUAGGCACUGCUUAUAAAAGACGGUGGUUCUGACCACAACAUUUCUGACAAGGCUUCCUUAAACUAAGCAGGCUGUGAUUCUGCUCUGUUUUUCCUUUUGCAGUAACAGGGCAGAUUAGAACAGUGCCAGUAAGACUUUGUGCUGAUGGGAGUUUUGUCAUAGGUCUAGUGCUGCUGUCAGAGUCAUCACGUGUGGAUGUAGCCAAGCUGUACCAGCACAGCCAGUGCUGGCAGAGGUAAUAGACCUGAGCUUUAGAGCAGAGUUAUAUGAAUAUAUUUUAGAUUAUACAUUGAUAAAAGUUAUAUUCCUAAGGUAGAAAAAAUGUUUCAUUACAGGUACAAUAUAAAAUGGAUAAAUAUUUCUGAAUAUUCUUAGAAAUGUGUAAAUGUGUUACUUUAGACAAAAAUAUAUCUUGUCAAAGUGACAGACUGAAAAAUUAUAAUAGAUUAUUUUUAAACAAA